AAUGCGCCUGUGCGGGCGUUCUGCGCAUGCUCAGGGGAGCGAGCCGUAGUAGCAAAGCCUGCCCUGCUCGCUGGCUGGGAUCUGCAUCCGGGUGGCGGCUUGCGGCUGUGCCCAUUGUCUGGGUUACCGGCCCGGACUCCGCCAGCGCGGGGCUCUGCGCUGAGGAGCCUGAGGGGUGGGAAGGGGACCGGCGCGUCUGCUGCCGCCGCCCGAGCCCGCCCUUCGCCUCCUUGUCCCGCCGCCGGCUUUAUGGAUCGCAGUUCGAAGAGGAGACAAGUGAAGCCUUUGGCAGCUUCACUGCUGGAAGCUUUAGAUUAUGAUAGCUCAGAUGACAGUGAUUUUAAGGUUGGAGAUGCCUCAGAUUCUGAAGGAAGUGGUCGUGGGAGUGAAGAUGCAUCAAAGGACAGUGGUGAAGGUUCCUGUAGUGAAUCAGAAGAAAAUGUCUUGGAGGAAGAAUUGGCAGAAGUGAAAGUAGAGGAAGAACAGCAACCGAAAACUUCUGCUGGAGAAACGAUGCUUACAACAGAGAAAGAGGUGAUUAAGACUGAAAAAAAAGAACAGGAGGAAGAUGAUGAGAAGCCAAAAGAAAAAGAAAAGGAGAAAGAAAAAGCAACUGAAUCUGAUGCUGCUGCUGAUGAGCAAACAAAUGAACCAAAAAAGUGGAAUUUGCGUAGGAACCGACCUCUGCUGGAUUUUGUAUCGAUGGAAGAACUAAAUGAAAUGGAUGAUUAUGACAGCGAGGAUGACAACGACUGGCGACCUACUGCUGGGAAGAAGAAGGGAAAAACUGCAUUGCGGAAAGAGGGAAGUGAUGGAGAUAAUGAGGAGGAUGAAGACGAUGGAAGUGGUAGCGAUGAGGAUGACAAUGAUGAGGAAGGCAAUGAGGAUAACAGCAGCACUGCUAGUGAUGGUGGAUCCAAGAAAAAGAAAAAUAAAGUUCUUAGCAGGAAUAGUGCUGAUGAUGAGGAGCUGACAAAUGAUAGCCUGGCUCUUUCACAAAGCAAGAGUAAUGAGGACUCUCUGAUCCUUGAAAAGUCUCAAAACUGGACCUCCCAGAAAAUGGACCAUAUUCUGAUUUGCUGUGUUUGUCUUGGGGAUAACAGUGAAGAUGCUGAUGAAAUAAUCCAGUGUGACAAUUGUGGAAUAACAGUGCAUGAAGGUUGCUAUGGUGUUGACGGAGAGAGUGAUUCUAUUAUGAGCUCAGCUUCAGAAAACUCCACUGAACCUUGGUUUUGUGAUGCAUGCAAAUGUGGGGUAUCUCCUAGCUGUGAACUAUGUCCCAAUCAAGAUGGAAUCUUCAAGGAGACAGAUGCUGGCAGGUGGGUCCACAUUGUUUGUGCCCUCUAUGUUCCAGGAGUGGCAUUUGGAGAUAUUGACAAGCUGCGGCCAGUAACGCUUACCGAAAUGAACUAUUCUAAGUAUGGUGCCAAGGAAUGCAGUUUUUGUGAAGACCCUCGUUUUGCCAGAACUGGUGUUUGCAUUAGUUGUGAUGCUGGCAUGUGUAGAGCUUAUUUCCAUGUGACCUGUGCUCAGAAAGAAGGCCUGUUGUCAGAAGCAGCAGCUGAAGAGGACAUAGCAGAUCCUUUUUUUGCUUAUUGUAAACAGCAUGCGGACCGGUUAGACAGAAAAUGGAAACGGAAGAACUACUUGGCUUUACAGUCUUAUUGUAAAAUGUCCCUGCAGGAAAGAGAGAAACAGCUCUCGCCAGAAGCGCAGGCCCGAAUCAAUGCCAGACUGCAGCAGUAUCGUGCCAAGGCAGAAUUAGCUCGUACCACCAGGCCUCAGGCAUGGGUUCCCAGGGAGAAGCUGCCACGACCACUCACUAGCAGUGCUUCAGCCAUACGUAAGCUGAUGCGCAAAGCUGAAUUAAUGGGAAUUAGUACAGACAUCUUCCCAGUGGACACUUCAGAUACCAGUUCCAGUGUGGAUGGAAGGAGAAAACAUAAGCAACCGGCUCUGACUGCUGAUUUUGUGAAUUAUUAUCUUGAGAGAAACAUGCGCAUGAUUCAGAUCCAAGAAAAUAUGGCUGAACAGAAGAAUAUUAAGGAUAAACUAGAAAAUGAGCAAGAAAAACUUCAUGUGGAAUAUAACAAGCUGUGUGAGUCCUUGGAAGAGCUACAAAAUAUGAAUGGAAAGCUACGAAACGAAGGGCAAGGAAUAUGGACUCUACUGGGUAGAAUCAUUGGGCAGAAAUUGAACAUACCAGCAAUUUUACGAGCACCCAAGGAGAGGAAACCAAGUAAAAAGGAAGGAGGAACACAAAAGACGUCUACGCUUCCAGCAGUACUUUAUAGUUGUGGAAUUUGUAAGAAGAACCAUGAUCAACACCUGCUCUUACUGUGUGAUACCUGUAAACUACAUUAUCAUCUCGGCUGUCUGGACCCUCCUCUUACAAGAAUGCCAAGGAAGACUAAAAACAGUUAUUGGCAGUGUUCAGAGUGUGACCAGGCAGGCAGCAGUGACAUGGAAGCAGAUAUUGCCAUGGAAACCUUACCAGAUGGGACCAAGAGAUCAAGGAGGCAGAUUAAAGAACCGGUGAAAUUUGUUCCACAGGAUGUGCCACCAGAACCAAAGAAGAUUCCAAUCAGAAACACGAGAACUAGAGGACGAAAACGAAGCUUUGUGCCUGAAGAAGAAAAGCCUGAGGAACGUAUUCCUAGAGAAAGACGGCAAAGGCAGUCUGUUCUACAAAAGAAACCCAAGUCAGAGGAUUUAAGAACUGAAUGUGCUACAUGCAAGGGGACUGGAGACAAUGAAAAUCUAGUCAGGUGUGAUGAAUGCAGGCUCUGCUACCAUUUUGGUUGCCUGGAACCUCCUUUGAAAAAAUCUCCAAAACAGACAGGCUAUGGAUGGAUUUGUCAAGAGUGUGAUUCUACUUCCUCUAAAGACUCCGAACCGUCAAAUGAAGUGGUCUCAGAGGCCCCAGGUAAUGUGGUACCCUCUACCUCAAGAAGCAGCUCUGAAGAGCUGGUAGCGGUGGCACAGAAACAUCCAGAAGAGGAAGAUGAAAAUGAAGCUAAGGAAGAAAAUCCAUCCCAAGACCUGAACAUGGAACAGAAAAAUUCAAAAAAAUAGAGGAUUGCUGUCAUGUUUGAAAUAUUUGCAAGUUGUGUAACAGCAGUUAAAGUUUCUCAUUGUAAAAUUUACAGAACAUUCUCAAUAAAGUCUUUGAAAAUUAAAA